UCCUUUUUAAAACUAAGGGGCUUGGUUUCCUCAGAUUCUUCUUUCUUCUACUUGACAAUUGACAAACUUUUAAUCUUCUUUACACUUUCUUCUUCGAUCACUCUCUCUCUCUCUCUCUCUGUAACGUUCUAUUUCGCUGCAUCUCUCCUUCUCAGAUCUUUGAUUGACCGUCUUGAUCGUUGACCCACGAAUCUGGGUCCGGUUAAAAACCCGACCAUUCUCCGGCGAGAAGCUCCAAGACUAAGAAUUUACAAAACAAAAAAAGAUUGAAUUUUUGUUGAGUGUUUGGUUCCGAGGUAUGAUGUUAACCCAAUUUGCUGGGCUCUGAAGUACAACGGAACUGAUUCUCACACGAAAACAAGAAGAAGAUGACACUUUAUAUUCGUCGCGAAUCUUCCAAGCUAUGGAAGAGAUUUUGCUCGGAGAUAUCAACGGAGUUAGGUCUUCUCGCUGAGAACUGGAAGUAUCUUCUGGCUGGUCUUAUCCUUCAGUACAUUCAUGGGUUAGCUGCUAAAGGAGUACAUUAUAUUCAUCGCCCUGGACCCACUCUCCAGGACCUUGGCUUCUUUCUUCUUCCGGAGCUUGGUCAAGAGAGAAGCUACAUAAGUGAAACCGUCUUCACUAGUGUAUUUCUUUCUUUCUUCCUGUGGACUUUCCAUCCAUUCAUCUUGAAAAGCAAAAAGAUAUACACCGUCUUGAUAUGGUGUAGAGUUCUAGCAUUCUUAGUUGCCUGUCAGUUUCUCCGUGUUAUAACUUUCUAUUCAACUCAGCUUCCUGGCCCAAACUACCACUGCCGCGAGGGCUCUAAAGUUGCCAGGUUGCCAUGGCCCAAAAGCCCUCUUGAGGCUCUCGAGAUUAACCCUCAUGGGGUGAUGUACGGAUGUGGAGACUUGAUAUUCUCAUCGCACAUGAUAUUCACGCUGGUCUUUGUCCUCACUUACCACAAGUACGGCACUAAAAGGUUCAUAAAGCUGUUCGGGUGGCUCACUGCUUUCGUGCAGAGCCUCUUGAUCAUCGCCUCCCGUAAACAUUACACUGUAGACGUCGUUGUUGCAUGGUAUACUGUGAACUUGGUGGUCUUCUGUUUAGACAAGAAAUUACCAGAACUACCAGACCGGACUACGGUGUUGCUCCCUGUAGUGUCGAAAGUCAGAAUGAGAGAAGAGAACCACAAGCUGUUGUUGAAUGGGAACGGUGUUGAUCCUGCUGCUGACUGGAGACCGAGAGCGCAAGUGAACGGGAAGAUAGAUAGCAACGGAGUUCACACUGAUAACUCUUUGAAUGGCGCAUGAAACUCAGCACCGGACUUCAGACAAGAUCUAAUAUAUGAAAACAGCAACUCAGUGGCGUCACCAAGACGACAUAUAGGUCUGGAGGUGUGGGUAAAUUUUUGUUUAUGGUCAUUGUUCCAGAAAAGAA